UAUCAAACAUUCUUCCAUUCAUUCUGUCAUUCAUUCGUUAUAGCUCUGACGAGCGUACACUCACUUAUUUUAUCCUAACCCGAGUCCAUCUUUUAACACCGGAAAAAGCAGCUUUAUAUUUAUACCUUCUUACUUCAUACAACCUAACAAACCUAAGAUCUUCAGUAUCACUUUACGGAAAAAAAUCAUCAUGUUGUUCGGCACGAUAUCUUCGCUUGCUAUUAUGGCCCUUGCUGGCCAGGCUAUUGCUGAGCCUAUACGUCAACCGUAUAAGCCAAAGCUCGCCCAUAUGUCGCCUAGAGCUAUAUUUGGUCUCGGUCGUCGUGCGGAUGGUGGAUAUGCGCCCGAGCAGCAGUUUUGCGAGGAUGGCGAUACUUGUGCUGAAGCGUGCGGUAAAGGUUUUGAACAAUGCGCUUCUAAGGACAGUGUUGUACACUGCUUCAAUAAGACUGCCCAGCAGACUUGCUGCCCUGGAAAAACUGGAGAAUCUUGCGAUAAAGGCUUCUUCUGCACAGCAGAUGAUAAAGGCGCCACUUGGUGCUGUCCCGAUAAUAUGACAUUGGAGCAGUGCGCAGACGCCUAUAACCUUCCUGGUUCCCUUGUGACGCAGACUAGCCCAUCCACCACCAAACCUAAGUCGUCGCACACGUCUACGACCUAUGCUUCAACCACUACUGCUAAGAGUGUUAGUACGUCAGCUAAGGCCGCUACAAACACUACAAGUACUAGAAUUACCACAAGCCCUAUAAGCACGACCAGCACGUCUCAGGAUAGCGAGUCCCCCACCCCGGUCGCCCCUGCGAACAGCACCAACACUCCUGGCCCCGAAACUACGGCCGCGCCGGCCACUCCUUCGCCCACAAUCCCUGCGAAUGGUAUCGCCACAGCUGGAAGCGAUAGUAAUUACGGCUCCAUAAACAGCAUGAUGCUUCUCGCUGCGGCUGCUUUUGCCGCUCUCCUCUAAAUCAGUUCUCGACGAGAUGAGGAAAAUGUAUUGGCAAGGGUGGACUAUAUAUGACGGGAUGAGCCAUGAUCAUCGAAAAUUUUUC